AUGGCCCGAACCAAGCAAACCGCCCGCAAGUCCACUGGAGGAAAGGCUCCCCGCAAGCAGCUGGCCACCAAAGCUGCCCGCAAGAGCGCCCCUGUCACUGGAGGUGUCAAGAAGCCCCACCGUUACCGCCCUGGACUGUUGCUCUCCAUUGCCCAAGAUUACAAGAAUGAUCUUCGAUUCCAAGGAUCGGCGCUUCUGGCUCUUCAGGAAGCUGCCGAAGCCUACAUGGUUGGAAUGUUUGAAGAUGCCAAUCUUUGUGCCAUUCACGCCAAGCGUGUGACCAUCAUGCCCAAGGAUAUCCAGCUGGCCCGCCGUAUCCGCGGUGAGCGCACCUAA